AUGGUGGCCACUCUCACUGUUCCCGACCGAUACGGCUAUGUCGUCCUCAUCGCUCUAGGGGCGAUCCCAGUCCUCUGCUACGCCCAAGGCAUGGCGGUGACCUUCCUGCGCAAGCCGGCUGGCGUGCCUUACCCAAACGCCUACGCGUCGGCAGAGAAGGUCAAAGAGAGCCAAGCCGCGUACAAAUUCAACUGCGCCCAGAGAGCGCACGCCAAUCUGCUCGAGAACAUGCCCCAGACAAUCGCCUACAUGUUGUUCGCGGGCUUGGAGUAUCCCACGGCCACGGCCGCAUUGGGGGCUGCCUGGCUGGCGUUUCGGAUCGUCUACGCGAUCGGCUAUGUCAAGGGCACGAAGAAGGAUGGCAAGGGCAGGUUGUCCGGAAGUCUCUUUUGGUUGAUGCAAGGUGGACUCUGGAGUUUGUGCGUGUCUACAGCAUUGAAAUUGCUUUGA